AUGGCCCAAGGAAUGACCAUGUCAGAGGCACUCACGAUGAACCCGGCCCUCCGGGAGCCCGAGAGGCCUGAUGUAGUCGGCCAACCCAUGGAGCAGAUGUCUGUAGGAGAGCCAGCCGAGACGGCAGAAGACGAGAGCCACUACCCGACGGGCACCAGAUUCAAGCUGAUCCUCUUCUCCAUCGGCCUCGUGCUCACCAUGGCCAGCCUCGACAGCUCAAUCAUCGCAGUCGCUGUGCCGUCUCUUACAGCUCACUGGCACAGUAUUAGGGACGUUGGAUGGUACAGCACAGCUUACCGCCUCUCGCAAUGCAGCUUCCAAUUCAUGUUCGGCCGCCUCUACAAAAUGUUCAGCGUCAAGGCCAUCUACCUCGUCAGCAUUAUGAUCUUCAUCACGGGCAGUCUUGUCUGCGCCACCGCACCGUCCAGCACUGCAUUCAUUGUCGGACGAGCUAUCUGUGGGCUUUCUUGUGGUGGUAUCGUGGCCGGAUGCUUCACUCUGUUCCGUCAAGCGCUGCCGUUGCGGAAGCGAGCGAUGUAUGCGAGCAUCUUUAGCGCCGUGGAGGGGAUUUCUGACAUCACCGGGCCCAUGCUGGGAGGCGUCUUGGUAGAAAAGCUGAGCUGGCGCUGGUGCUUCUGGAUCAACGUACCUGUCGGUGUUGUAACUCUAGCAGUCACCGCAUUCUGCCUCAAAGACACACGCCAUCCGAGCGACAUUCGGCAGCUCACCCUGAAGCAAAAGCUUUCGGAGCUUGAUCUACCUGGGACUCUGCUCUUCUUCCCGGCGAUUCUGUGCCUGUUCAUUGCACUCACCUGGGCUGGAACGAGACUGCCGUGGAGCUCACCAACUGUUAUCGCCCUGUUCUGUGUCUUCGGCAUUCUACUUGCGGUCUUUGCGGUCGAGCAAUGGCUGAGAGGUGAUGCUGCAACUCUCCCUCCAAGGAUUCUCAAGAACCGCAACGUGCUGGCUGGCGCCGUAUUCAGUCUAGCCUGCAAUGGAGGCACCAAGGUUAUUGAAUACUAUCUACCGACAUACCUGCAAGCGGUCAAGGGGUACAGUCCGGCUCGAAGUGCGGUCCUGCUGCUACCUUUGAUCCUAUGCUUCUGUCUUGCAAUGCUUGUACAAGGGACCUGCGUCAAUGCCGUCGGCUACUACGUUCCGUUCAUGCUCGCUGGAGCCGCCUUGAUGCCCAUCGCAGGAGGAUUGAUGACCACACUGUCCGUCGGUAGUGGGUUGAUCCAAAUCUUAGGAUACUCUGCCUUCCUUGGUUUUGCUGGUGGAAUCGGCUUCCAAGCACCGCAAGUCGCCGUUCAGAACACUCUCCCAGAGCAGGACUCACACAUGGGAUUGGCAGUCAUUCUCUUCGCGCAGAACUUUGGACCAGCUAUCUUCAUCGCUGCAGCUCAGACUGUGUUGACGAACAGGCUGUCCGAGAACUUAGGCAAAGUGUUGCCCUCCAUGGACCCCGCCAAAAUCGAGAACAUGGGUCUGGGCGACUUGAAAGGCCAGAUUGGCGCCAGCAAGCUGCGCGAUGUGCUGAAGGGGCUGGACAAGAGUUUGACGGAGACGUGGUAUCUUGGAGUCGCGGUGACUUGUAUCACGAUUGUGGGGAGUGGCAGUAUGAAGUGGACGAAGAUUAAGCAGAGGCGGGAAUGA